AUGGUUUUGUCGAAAAUAUGGACCAAAUUAUGGCCUCUAGUGUUGACAGUGAUGACCAUAAUAUCGUUAUUACUUUACAAAUAUAGUAAACCUUAUGAGAGAGGCUUUGAUUGUAGGGAUCCGUCUAUUAUGAAGCCUUUCCAUCCAAUUAUGAUUCCUAUGAAACAUUUGCUGGCAUUUGCUUACAUAAUACCAAUGAUUAUCGUAUUAUCGGUUGAAUAUCACCACAAAUCAAGUAUGAGUUCAAUAAUAUUGCGAAUCAAACAGUUUUAUUUAGGUCUCGUCUUAACAUUUAUUAUGGUGUUGUCGUGUAAGGCAUGGGUCGGCAGAUUAAGACCCAACUCUAUUGUCGGUAUAUGUAAUGCCCGACAUUAUUGUCAAUCGGACACCACAUACGUUGACCACUUUGUAUGCGAUAAUCCAUUGGCCAAACUGGUCAAAGAAUCGCGAUUAUCCUUCUAUUCGGGCCACUCGUCUGUCGGCACGUAUUCGGCUUUAUAUACAAUACUAUAUCUUUAUUAUCGAUUAAAAUUGAAGACUAAUUGGAUAUAUUUGACACAAUUGACUGUUUUUAUCAUUGGUCUCAUUCCUGGCAUUACUCAGGGUAUCAACUAUUGGCACCACUGGUCGGACAUCGGCACCGGCUAUAGUGUGGGCGCUAUAACUGCAUAUCUAAUCAUAAAUUAUAGCUAACAUAUCGUAUUUAUAGAUUUUUGUUAGAAAAUAAUAAAUUUAUUAAUUUUUAAUUAUC